AUGGUGAAACUAACGAAGGAAAAUUUGUGUUGUAUUCCUCCACCAAGACUUGAUCUUACAUUAUGUAUGAGUGUGUUUAUCUUGGUUGUAUCGAAUAUCGCUUCUGCCGGUGUUUGUCGUCUAUUAGUGAGUUAUGCACGUCAAAUUUCAUCAAGAAUCGAUAGCCAUCAACAAUUAAAGAUGCGCCGAGAUUUGACCGUGGUACAUCGUGUCGUGUUUCUCAACAUUCAACUAAUUUUGGUCGAUAUUCCAGUGGCUAUUUUUGUAAUAGUUGACAUAAUUCGUCCAGAUAUUUUACCUCACAAUUGUAUGCGAAUCUUUUUCAUGAUUGUGAAUUUAGCGCUGGGUUUUAUGCUUCUCAUUCUCUGUUGGAUUACGCCAAAUCUUCGACAAAGUCUGGCUGAGUGUUUCAAUUUAGCAACUCGUUUUCAAACAGGCAGCGACAAUCGUGCCAGACCAAUAACAAAUGUCAAGCGAUUUUGA